UUUUUUUUUUUUUUUUACCGUCAUGAAUCGGCAAUAACUUUAUUUAAUAUUUGGGAUCUGAGGAGGGUAAUUCACUCAUUUUUCUGGUUUUCCUGGCGCGCGGGAGGGGGGAGCUAUUGUGGGUAUAGGCGCUCUCGUUUUUUUGGAAUCUGAUGUAUCCAUUCUCCUGUUUCUCUACGGUUCUUUUUUCCUACGCCCAUUGGGGAAUAAUCGCUUUCCCUUUUGUUCUUGUCCGAUACGUCAUGCAAGUGACAGGCCCAGCACCUGUCUAUGUCUGGAAUAUACCCUACAUUGAACAUGCUACCCCUGUUCUGUUCUACUUUGUCCUUAUCAUUCACUUAACUUAACCCACGAGUCCUAAGACUUGUUGAAGUACGCUAAUUACCCGACUGCAGAGUCCAUCAAUACACAUUAACUCGAU